AAUUUGUUUUCCCUACAAAGCUUCGAUCAGAGUACGAGUUUUUUUUUAACCCCCCAAAAACCCAGUUUUUUAAUCAACAUUUCUUCGAUAGAAAGUAAAACAAACAUUUGAGCAAACCAUGUGAGUUUAUUUGAGCCUUUGUGUGCAGUUGAUGCCCCGCUUUGUGGUCGGAAAACGUCAUCCAGUUAUCGGAAAGCCAGCCCACUCUAUCACACCAUGAAGGCUUCAUUGAUACAUUGCGUGUUCUUUGUUGUGUUUUCAAGUGUCAUGGCUGAGACACCAUACUACCCAAGCUGCCGAAAUGGCAUCAAAUCAAUUCCCAAAAUGGGAACAAAUAAUUGUUCGAACAUUCUGUGCUCCAGCCGAUAUAAACCGGUUUGUGGCAGCGAUGGGGAGGAAUAUCUCAACGACUGUUCACUGUGCAAAGCAGCAUGCACCAAUCACAAGUUGUUUAAACGGUGUGAUGGGUUUUGUCCUUGUGGGGCGCUGAAGAACCCGACGACUGUUCUAGACCCCAAAGUUUUAGACCCCAAACUUCCGAAGAUUGCAGCAAGUGGGUUCUGCUUAAUGGAUGAAACAUGCCCAAAAUGACGUUAAAUUUGAAUCAUCGUAAACUGAAAGUAUUUCGCCGACUCAGAGCAGGACGGAGUUUCAAAUCUACUAAACUGAAUAAGAACGAGCUAGUCAUAAAAAAAUGAUUCACAAUUAAUCAGCCCGCUUGCAGUUAAUAACAAAGAACAAAGAACUCCCGUUGUGCUGUAAAUAGUUUAGAAUACAAUUUCAUAAGGGCUAUUGUUUUGUUAUUAUUAUUCAACAUUGAUCAACAUUGUUAUCAACAUUUACCCAUAAUCUAUUUAAACACGGGAAAAUCAGUAGAUGAACAAGACGUUUUAUUCUAGUGUAUUUCUGUAUACUCCAAUUUCUAGUGAUAAUGAGAUGGGAAACAAUGAUCGAAUAAUGUAUUACAUUAAAUAAAAUGGGGGUGCCCUUGCCAACGGCAUACACUCGGGGUAUGUUUGUUCACAAAUAAAUGGCUUCAGGAACUGUGUUUGUGUACUACCAGUCAGGCAGAUACAUUUAAGGGUCAAUUUGUUAUCAAUUGUUUUCACUUCAUUAAUUUUUACCAUAGUAACAUGUGUUGAUGUCAUGUUAAAAGAAAAAAUGUAAAUAAAUUAAUACCGUUGCAGUAAAAUAUAUUCCCAACGUAUACUUAUUGCUCUCAAACUACUGUAUUGUUAACCCCGCCUGUCGCUAUUGUUUUCCCAGACAAUGCCCCAGCGUGAACACCUGUGCGCACACACAGUGGGCAAUAUGCAAAUGAGACACCUGUUCUAUCAGAGAGAUACCAAUCAAAGCUCAUAUGUGCUUCAAGAGGGCGGUAUUCAAUUGAUAAUAAUUCAUUGCUUGUCAUUUUGUACCAUUUGUCUUUAAAGGCACUGGAUACGUUUGGUAACA